UUGCCCAUAUACCAAGCACUCUUUAAGAACUUGUAAAUAGGCUUGGCACCUGUGGCUCAAGCAGCUAAGGCACCAGCCACAUACACCUGAGCUGACAGGUUUGAAUCCAACCCGGGCCCACCAAACAACAAUGAUGGCUGCAACCAAAAACUAGCAGGGCGUUGUGGCAGACACCUGUAGUCCCAGCUACUUGGGAGGUGGAGCCAGGAGAAUCGCCUGAGCCCAGGAGUUGGGAGUUGGAGGUUGCUGUAAGCUAUGAUGCCACGACACUCUACCCAAGGUGACAGCUUGAGGCUCUGUCUCAAAAAAAAAAAAAAAAGAACCUGUAAACAUAUGUUAACUUCAUUUAGUCCUUAUAGCCAUUUAUAAGAUAAGUAAUGUUAUCCCUAUCUAGAUGAGGAAACUGAGAUACACAGAGGCUAAGUAAAUUGCCUACGAUCACACAGCUAGUGCCAGGGGUCAGGAUGCUCUCAGGAUGUAAAUUCAUCUGGGCUAUCUGGCUCCAGGGAUUACGGUCUAACCCUGCCCACAGCUGCCUCAUGUUGGGGUCAGGGUUCAUGAACAGUCUGGGCUGGCCUAAGUUAAAAGUCAGGAAGUGAAAAAAGAUUAAACCCUGAGUUUUCUUCCCAUCUGACUGAGAAUCUUUCAAUACCUGCAAGAAAGGCAGGCAUCACUAACCCUGUUCUCAGGAAGGCAGCAGGCCCAGAGAGGUAUUGGGGUUUGUCAAAGGCCCAUAGUCAGCAAGCAGCAGAGGACCCUGGCAUCUCAAUGCCCACCCAGCCUUGCACAUUGCCUGUGAAGUGGACAUGGGGAGAAAGUAUGUUAAACCCACUUGGCCCUGGCCUGGAAGAAUAGCAAGGAAGCUGAAAUGAAAGAUGGGAACGGGCAGGGCAGGGGGAGUGUGCUGUCAACUGUGCCCUUCACAGUUCCAGGAUGACGGUUCCAUGCUGGGAGUAUAUUUGCUAUAUGCCAGGAUGUAGUCUGAGCAUUUUUACAUAUGCAACAACUCCAAAUUUUUCAGGCAAGGCACAGAUAGGUUACUUUCCAAGGUCACUCGUGUAGUAAGUAGGAGAACUCUUGACUCCAAUGCUGAAACACAGAGGGAUGGAGACCACUCAGGGUCCCAUAGCCACAGCCGGAGCUAGGAGCUGCUGGCACCCUGCCAGCCCAGGAAAGCAAUGACACCUGACUCCUGGCCAAUUGGGGGGUGGAGCAGAGGUGGAGCCAGGAGACCCAAGUGGCCUCUCAGAACCAGAUCACAGGCACUGAGUGCAGCAGCAUGAAACAGAGCUGGGGACUGAGGCUGCUCAUCCUGGGAGUGGUGGUCCUCAUACAGGGUCUUCAAGCAGCUCAGCAUGGUAAGCUCUGUGGGGACAUAGGGCCUGGUCCUUGCUUGGGUCUGGGUCGGGUCUGGAGUGAGGUCAGGACAGGAGUCUGCUUUCAGCAUGACUCCCUCCUCUCCACAGCUUGUGGGCAGCGUGGCCCUGGCCCCCCUGCCCCUCAGGAGGGCAACACACUACCUGGCGAGUGGCCCUGGCAGGCCAGUGUGAGGAGGCAAGGGGUCCACAUCUGCAGUGGCUCCUUGGUGGCAGACAUCUGGGUCCUCACUGCUGCCCACUGCUUUGAAAAGGUGGCAGCAACAGAACUGAACUCCUGGUCAGUUGUCCUUGGUUCUCUGCAGCGUGAGGGCCUGGCCCCAGGGGCUGAGAUGAUGGGAGUGACUGCCUUGCAGCUGCCCAGGGCCUAUACCCACUACAGCCAAGGCUCAGAUCUGGCCCUGCUGCGGCUUGCCCGCCCCACAGCCCACACACCCCUCUGUCUGCCCCAAACUGUUCAUCGCUUCCCCUUUGGAACCUCUUGCUGGGCCACUGGCUGGGAUCAGGACACCACUGACACUCCCAGGACCCUACGAAAUUUGCGUCUGCGCCUAAUCAGCCGACCCACAUGUAACUGUCUCUACAACCGCCUGCACCAACGGCUGCUAGCCAGCCCAGCCCAGCCUGGGAUGCUGUGUGGGGGUGCCCAGCCUGGGGUGCAGGGGCCCUGUCAGGGAGAUUCUGGGGGCCCUGUGCUGUGCCAAGAACCUGAUGGACACUGGGUUCAGGCUGGGAUCAUCAGCUUCACAUCAAGCUGUGCCCAGGAGGACACUCCUGUGCUGCUGACUGACUUGGCUGUUCAUAGCUCCUGGCUGCAGGCUCGAACUCAUGGGACAGCCUUCCCUGCCCAGAACCCAGAGACCCCAGAGAUAAGUGAUGAGGACAGUUGUGUAGCCUGUGGGUCCUUGAAGAAAGUAGGUCCUCAAGCAGGAGCCCCUUCCCCAUGGCCCUGGGAUGCUAGACUGAAGCACCAGGGGAAGCUGGCUUGUGGUGGAGCCCUAGUGUCAGAGGAGGUGGUGCUGACUGCUGCCCAUUGCUUCAUUGGGCGCCAGACCCCAGAGGAAUGGAGUGUAGGGCUGGGGACCAGACCAGAGGAGUGGGGCCUAAAGCAACUCAUCCUUCAUGGUGCCUAUACCCACCCGGAAGGGGGCUAUGACAUGGCCCUCCUGCUACUGGCCCAGCCUGUGACACUGGGCCCGAAUCUGCGGCCCAUCUGCCUGCCUUAUGCUGACCACCACCUGCUUGAUGGGGAACGUGGCUGGAUCCUAGGGCUGGCUGAUCAAGGAGCAGGAAUCAGCUCCCCCCAGACAGUACCUGUGACCCUCCUGGGGCCUAGGGCCUGUAGCCGGCUACAUGCAGCUCCUGGGGGUGACGGUAGUUCCAUUCUGCCAGGGAUGGUGUGUACCAGUGUUGUAGGCGAGCUACCCCAAUGUGAGGGCCUAUCCGGGGCACCACUGGUGCAUGAGGUGAGGGGCACAUGGUUCCUGGCUGGGCUACAUAGCUUUGGAGAUGCCUGUCAAGGCCCUGCGAAGCCUGCAGUCUUCGCAGCACUCCCAGCCUAUGAAGACUGGAUCAGCAGUUUGGACUGGCAGGUCUACUUCACCGAGGAGCCAGAGCCUGAAGCUGAGACUGGAAGCUGUCUGGCAAACAUGAGCCAACCAGCCAGCUGCUGACAGACACCUCCAAACAAUUCCUGCCUCACUGCUCCAGUCCCUCCUCAUUCCCAUGUGUGACUCCAGGACAGGGGCAGGCCCCAAAGCCCAGGUGGUUAUGGGAAGAAACCUGCCCAAGACCAGCUGAUGCCCCCAUUCCCUACCCUGCAGGACAGGGAUGUCACCUGUGAUGCUCCCAUACCAGCCCUGCUCUUUAACAGAGGUGUCCCAGCUUUCUCUACCCUUCCUCCUCUCAGAUACAAUCACAAUCACUCCAGGCACAUGUUUCAAACAUUUUUUUCGGGCGUGGGGGGGUGAGCAAUUUUCCUUUUUUUUAAAAC